AGGGAGCCAGAAUGGUCUUCUGAAUGUGUGGACUCUGCCACAGGGAGGCACUAAUGUGUCAGUUCCUAAGUUCCUGGGCAGCUCAUCCAGUCAGGAGAACAACAGUGGCAUCAAGCGUGGCAGUGCCAAGUGUGUGUUCAGACUGAGUGGUCACAUCACAGCGGUGAAGACCCUGUCCUUCUGCCCCAGUGGUCUGGCCCUGGUGUCUGGAGGUAUAGGAGGACUACUCAACAUCUGGUCUCUACAGGAUGGUUCCAUCCUACAGACAGUGGUGACAGGCCUAGGCUCAGUGGUCAGUACCACCUGGAUACCAAAUGUAGGGGUGGCUGCCUGCUCCGGGAGGUCGAAGGAUUCUCUGCUGAUCCGUUGUACGUCAGACUGGAUCUCCCAGAACCACGUGUUGGCAUCCUGCCGCACCGUCCUCAGAACACAGGGCAUUCUGGGUCUGAACCGUGCACCGUGCAUGGCCGUCUUCCUGGAGAGACUUCCCACACUGCUGCAGGAACAGUACAGCUACGAGAGGAGUCACGUGACAGCGGGUGACCAGUUGGUCCACAGUGCCUUCCUCCAGAGUCUGGCCUCUCUGACCGUCGGUCUUUCCCUGGAACAGUACCUGUGUCGUCCCUGCCGACCCCCCCACCACCAUGCUGCCAGCCUCAGCCUCGACCACACACACUCCUGCCCCAUGGAGUGGAGCUGGCUCCAAACCUUCUCCACCACUGUGAAGAGCGCGGAGGCCAUCGCCAGGGGAACAGCGUUCCCAGAAUCCUUCACUGUCCCAGAGUUCCAGCAGGCAGGAACCACAGAACUCACCAAGCCCCUGGACAAUAGUAAGUGGAGCUUCAUGAUGGACGAACAACUCAUGUCCUGGGCCACCACCAGACCUGAGGACUGGCAGCAGGGAGGGAAGAGUCAGGUGUUUCUGUGGGGCAACGGGCGUCACGGCCAGCUGGCAGACGCAGGGACCAACCUGAUGGUGCCUACCAUCGCCCCGUCUCUGUCCCAGACACAUCAGGUUGUGUGUGGGCAGAACUGUACAUUUCUGGUACAGGCGAACGGUACGGUGCUGGCUGUAGGAGAGGGUAGCUAUGGGAGACUGGGCCAGGGCAACUCUGAUGACCUAUAUACCCCCACAGUUAUCUCAGCCUUGCAAGGCUACGUGGUGACCCAGCUGGUGACCUCUUGCGGUUCUGACGGUCACUCCCUGGCCCUGACGGAGACGGGGGAGGUGUUCAGCUGGGGUGACGGGGACUAUGGGAAGCUGGGACAUGGGAACAGUGAGAGACAGAGACGACCCAAACAGGUGGAGGCUCUGCAGGGAGAGGAGGUGGUGCAGUUGGCGUGUGGGUUCAAACACUCAGCUGUGAUUACAACAGACGGGAAGCUGUUCACCUUCGGUAGUGGAGACUCUGGUCGUCUGGGUCAAAGAUCAACGGCCAACAAGAUGCUGCCUGAGAGAGUCACGGCACUGGAGGGAUAUCACAUUGGACAGGUGUCCUGUGGUAUCAACCACACCCUGGUGCUGUCCUCCGAUGGGAUGAGUGUGUCUGGUCCUUUGGUGACGGGGACUAUGGGAAGCUGGGACGGUCCCUGCACUGUGAAGUCUUAUCCUCAGGUAGGCUACAAGUGCUCCUCUCACGUUUCAACAACAUAA